CCACAGUCGCGGCCGCAGACAGGUGGAACGGCAGGUGGGUGCAGGUGCCAGCCUGGCGCGGAGCUGGCUGCGAGGCUGACGCUUCCGGUGCACGGCAGAGGCAGCUCCCCCGGGCCUGGAGUCCCGCGCGGGGCGGGUUCUGGGGUCCGAGCCCACCGCCUGGCCUGCAGGUCCCCCCUUGGACCUAGAAGAGGCACCUGCGCGCCCCGGGGCCCCGCCCCCACCUCCCGCGCCGCCGGGCUUGGGGCAGGGCACCUCGGACCCUGCGCGUCCUCACCCUCCGCACUCUCUCUCCCGGCUCCAGUCACCCCCUCCCCCGGCGAGCUGGGUCGCUAGCCCGCCCGCCCUAGCUCUCGGGACCAUGUUCGCAGACUUGGACUAUGACAUCGAGGAGGAUAAGCUCGGAAUCCCCACCGUGCCCGGGAAGGUCACCCUGCAGAAGGACGCACAGAACCUGAUCGGCAUCAGCAUCGGUGGAGGCGCCCAGUACUGUCCUUGCCUCUACAUUGUCCAGGUGUUCGACAAUACCCCGGCUGCCCUGGACGGCACCGUGGCCGCGGGCGAUGAGAUCACGGGCGUCAACGGCAAGUCCAUCAAGGGCAAGACAAAAGUGGAGGUGGCCAAGAUGAUCCAGGCGGUGAAGGGGGAGGUGACCAUCCACUACAAUAAGCUGCAGGCAGACCCCAAGCAGGGCAUGUCCCUGGACAUCGUGCUGAAGAAGGUGAAGCACCGGCUGGUGGAGAACAUGAGUUCGGGGACCGCAGACGCCCUGGGCCUGAGCCGGGCCAUCCUGUGCAACGAUGGGCUGGUCAAGAGACUGGAGGAGCUGGAGCGCACGGCUGAGCUGUACAAAGGGAUGACGGAGCACACCAAGAACCUUCUCCGGGCCUUCUACGAGCUGUCCCAGACACACCGGGCCUUUGGGGAUGUGUUCUCUGUGAUCGGGGUGCGGGAGCCCCAGCCGGCCGCCAGCGAGGCUUUCGUGAAGUUCGCAGAUGCGCACCGCAGCAUCGAGAAGUUCGGCAUCCGGCUCCUGAAGACCAUCAAGCCGAUGCUGACCGACCUGAACACGUACCUCAACAAGGCCAUCCCUGACACGCGCCUCACCAUCAAGAAGUACCUGGAUGUGAAGUUCGAGUACCUGUCGUACUGUCUGAAGGUGAAGGAGAUGGAUGAUGAGGAGUACAGCUGCAUCGCCCUGGGGGAGCCACUGUACCGCGUGAGCACCGGCAACUACGAGUACCGCCUGAUCCUGCGCUGCCGCCAGGAGGCCCGCGCGCGCUUCUCCCAGAUGCGCAAGGAUGUGCUGGAGAAGAUGGAGCUGCUGGACCAGAAACACGGACAUCGUGUUCCAGCUGCAGCGCUUCGUGUCCACCAUGUCCAAGUACUACAACGACUGCUACGCGGUGCUGCGGGACGCCGACGUCUUCCCCAUCGAGGUGGACCUGGCGCACACCACGCUGGCCUACGGCCUGGGCCAGGAGGAGUUCACCGACGGCGAGGAGGAGGAGGAGGACGAGGAGGACGCGGCCUCCAGGGAGCCCUCCAGGAACGUGCGCGGGGCCGCGGGGCCCCUGGACAAGGGUGGGAGCUGGUGUGACUCCUGAGUGCCCCCCUCCCCCUCCGCGGGGCGCACAGCUGGGGGGUCGGGGGAGUGGGAGGACCACCGCCCCGGGGGCGGGGGGUGCAUAAAGGCCUGCUGGCUCGGGGCGCCUGCCUCCCUGCUCCUCUGUCCUAGCAAACGCA